GAUCUGGUGUUUUCUUGCCUUGUAGAUUUAUAACAUAAUGCCUUGGCUGAUGAAGCGGCUGCCUGGGGCCCAUCAGAAGUUAUUCUCUAUCACAAAGGAGUUAAUUGAUUUUAUACAAAUCAAGAUUAGAGAACACAAAGAGAACCUUGACCCAUCAUCACCUAGAGACUAUAUUGAUUCCUUCCUCAUAGAGAUGGGAGGGAAAGAAGACACAGAUUCAGGUUUUGAUUAUACGAAUUUGUGUUUUUGCAUCAUGGACCUGUUUGGUGCUGGAACUGAAACCACCACAACCACUUUACACUGGGGUCUCCUUUACAUGAUCUACUAUCCUGACAUACAAGAACAUGUCCAGGCUGAGAUAGACGCUGUGAUUGGUCCAUCCAGGCAGCCCUCUAUGUCUGAUAGAGAUAACCUGCCCUACACCAACGCAGUCAUCCAUGAGAUACAGAGGAUGGGCAACAUCAUUCCCCUCAAUGUGCCCCGAACAGCAAACAAAGACACCGUCCUGGAUAAAUACACUAUUCCAAAGGGAACCAUGGUUUUGGCUGCACUGAACUCUGUCCUCCACGAUGAGUCGCAAUGGGAGACCCCACAUUCCUUUAAUCCUCAACACUUUCUGGAUCAGGAUGGUAAAUUUAGGAAGAGGGACGCCUUCCUGCCUUUUUCUACAGGUAAGCGAGUGUGUCUCGGAGAGCAGCUAGCCAGGAUGGAGUUGUUCCUCUUCUUCACCUGCCUCCUUCAGAGGUUUAAGCUGUCGUAUCCUGCAGGAGAGCAGCCCAGUCUGGAGUUCACGAUGGGAGGAACACGCGCACCCAAACCUUACCGACUCUGUGUCGUACCACGUUAAAGGCUGGUUUAUGCUCAGCAACCAGGUCAUCUGCUUGUGUGUCGCAGUUUACGCUGAUAUGCACCCCUCCAUUCUGCAGACAUUCUGGUGAAGACAUUCUCCAAAAUUGUAGGUGACCGCAGACAGGAGGCCUCUGAUUGGUCAAAUCUACAUCCGCUGUACACUAUGCGGAUUUCCUGUUUGUUACCUUAAUGGCUGACCGCCUUUGUGGAAAACGACUCGUGAAGUUAGACCAGCUAGAAGAGCGAGGUGCUAGGUACCUUUUUUCUAACUCUUUUUCGCCCUCAUGUCCCUCCGUUGUUGCACAAACUCGCCCCUACUUCCUCA